GGGAAGUAGGCGGGGUUGGCCCAAAGCAGCUCGUGGGGAGCAUUGCGGCAGGCUGGCAGAGUAAAGACUUGACUGAAGACCAUCUCACCCCAGCCUAGCUGCAAGCCCCCCGGAAUGCACUGGGCAUGGCCUCUGGAGCCCCACAGAACAGCAGCCAGAUGGCCUGUGACAGCGAGAUCCCAGGUUUCCUGGACACACUCCUCCAAGACUUCCCAGCCCCACUGAGCCCGGAGAGCCCUUUGCCAUGGAAGGUCCCAGGGACAGUCCUGAGCCAGGAAGAGGUGGAGGCUGAGCUGACGGAGCUGGCAAUGGGUUUCCUGGGCAGCAGGAAUGCACCCCCAACAUUUGCUGCGGCUGUGACCCACGAGGCAAUUUCCCAGCUGCUUCAGACAGACCUCUCUGAAUUUAAGAGGUUGCCUGAACAAGAGGAAGAGGAGGAGGAGGAGGAGGAGGAGGAGGAAGAGAGAGUCCUCACGACCCUACUGGAUGCCAAAGGCCUGUCCCGGAGCUUCUUUAACUGUCUUUGGGAAGUAUGCAGCCAGCGGCAGAAACGGGUGCCACUGACUGCCCAGGCCCCUCAGCGCAAGUGGCUGGUCUCUAUCCAUGCCAUCCGGAACACACGACGCAAGAUGGAGGAUCGACACGUGUCCCUUCCUGCUUUCAACCACCUCUUCGGCUUGUCUGACUCCGUGCACCGCGCCUACUUCGCUGUGUUUGAUGGUCAUGGAGGUGUGGACGCAGCACGGUAUGCCUCUGUCCACGUGCACACCAACGCCUCUCACCAGCCAGAGCUGCUCACAGACCCUGCAGCAGCUCUCAAAGAAGCCUUCCGGCGCACUGACCAGAUGUUUCUCCAGAAAGCCAAGCGAGAGCGGCUGCAGAGCGGUACCACAGGUGUGUGUGUGCUCAUCACAGGAGCAGCCCUGCAUGUUGCCUGGCUUGGAGACUCCCAGGUCAUCCUGGUACAGCAAGGACAGGUAGUGAAGCUGAUGGAGCCACACAAACCGGAGCGACAGGAUGAGAAAGCACGCAUUGAAGCACUGGGUGGCUUUGUUUCUCUCAUGGACUGCUGGAGAGUCAACGGGACCCUGGCAGUGUCUAGAGCCAUUGGGGAUGUCUUCCAGAAGCCCUAUGUGUCUGGCGAGGCAGAUGCAGCAUCCAGAGAGCUGACAGGCUUGGAGGACUACCUGCUGCUUGCCUGUGACGGUUUCUUCGAUGUCGUCCCCCACCAUGAAAUCCCGGGUCUUGUCCAUGGCCACUUGCUCAGGCAGAAGGGCAGUGGGAUGCACGUUGCUGAGGAGCUGGUGGCAGUGGCCCGUGACCGGGGUUCCCAUGACAACAUUACAGUCAUGAUGGUUUUCCUUAGGGACCCCCUGGAGCUGCUGGAGGGUGGGGGACAGGGCACAGGGGAUGCCCCGGCAGAUGUAGGAAGUCAGGACUUGUCCACCGGCCUCUCAGAACUUGAGAUCAAUACCUCACAGAGAAGCUAAGUGGUCCAGGCCCCCAGGCCCCAUCCCUCUGCCCUUAUGACCCUCCCCUUCAAAGACCUUAGAUCCAACAGGUAUAGUGGGCAGGGGUGCACACCCUCACAGCAUUCCCUUAGCACCCCAGCCCUUCAUGUUGCCUGCCACAGCCUGUUCUCAUGGCUGCAGAACUGUAGGCACCAAUGGAUCUCAAGGAAACAUAGGAAAAUGACCUCACAAAAGGAUAGAUGGCUGAGGUGAUCAGGGCAGGACAGGUCUGGGGACAGAAACCACAGGCACCUGCUGGCAGCCUAACCAAAAGCAUAGGUCAAGUCUUAGGAACCCUCACACAGACCCUGGGGUAGGAUCCAGCCCAGACUGUGGCUUCUCACUGUCCCCAAGUGAGGAGGGUUUGGUCUGUACUAACACACAAGCUCACAGUCCUGCUUGACUGCUGGCUUCCCAAAGAAGUUGACAUUGGUCUUGCUGGGAGGAGCACCAGGAGAGUGGCCACUGCCACUCCACUCUUAACUUAGUACUAAGUCACUAGGCCUCUCUCUGUCCCUUGAGCUUCCUGGGGAGGUAAGUCAGAUGUGUGCGUCUUUGUUUGUGUGCUUGGAUUUACUGCAGGGAAAGGUCUAAUCCAGAAUCAGUAUUCAGACUUCGUCAUGCUGUAUCAGUGCCAAGGUGACCUACAGGGUCAUGUAACUUAAGCAAAGCUUAGCAUUUAUUUUAUUCCUGAAAACUUAAGUAUUUUACUUUUUUGUGUGUUCGUGGAGACAUUUGCAGUAUUACUGAUUUUUUUUUUUCCUAAAUCAGGAUGGAAACAAACUUUUCCAGGUUAUGUUAAUAAGCCACUUAAGUGCCUUAAACAGUUUUGGUGUAGAUGAGAAUUGCUGGGCACGUCAUGGAUCCUGAUAGGCAGACAUGUUGAGGUUCUCAAAACAGCAAGCAGCAUUUGUUGUGGGAAGGCAUGCUUUGAGCCAGAUCUCUUUCUGGGAAGGUCCUUUUGUGCUUCUGGGCACCUCAGAACUUCCUUGAAGUGACUAUGGGCCCCUGGGAUGGCACUGGCCUCCUUGCCAACCUUGGAGUCUGGCUGGGUCCCGGCCAAGAGGACCUUACUGCUUUUGGCUAGAAGUUCAAGACUCUCUUAGUGUGUUUGCAGUUAGUUGAUAGACUCGUUGAGGACAGCGCUUCGGUGAGGAGCUUUGGCCAGCCCAGCUGUCCACCACCUUUCUCCUGCUAGACUCUGUCCAGUACCUGAGCAACACGAAAGACCUCCACAUCCCUAGAGCAACGAUGUAUAAAGUCAGGCAAGGAAACCAGGUGGGGGAGGCAGAAUACCAGAGUAGAAGGACUAAGGGGACCCUCAGCAAGGGCCAAGUGUGAGUCAAGGCUGCUCCAUGCAGACACUGGCAGGUCCAGAGGAUAAUGGGUGGCUUAGCAGAGGCUCAGGGAAGGAGCAGCAGGAAGAAUGAUGGUUGUGAGGUCCCCGUGGAGGAGACAUAGUCCACCUCUGGAGAGCAAAGCCCCAGCAAGACUUGCAGAGCUUCGCCCAGUGCAGCUAAUCCCUCUUUCAAAAGAAGCAAGGGUUCUCGCGCUCUUCCCUGAGGCAGGUCCACAGUCCAGCAGUAGGGGGCGAGCCAGCCAAAUGCAGUUGGGCACACCUCCUGCAUGCUUGGCAUUCACCCAUCCCCACAGCAGGGAUGGCAGAGUUGGGGCCAUGGAGUUAGUUCACGUCUCCUGAUAGGAACAUGACUGCCCACCAUAAUCACUAGGUAUUGCUUACUUGAAGGUCUGCUGCCUUCUGGGGGUCAAAAUCCAGGAUCCUCAGUACCAUCUCAAGACGGGGUGCAGUAACCUUGAUAGAGGGAGAUGUUGACUUUGGUUUUCUCCCAUUUUUGCUAACCCAUUUGUUGCUGGUAAGAGUGGAAUUUGGGCCCUCUCGGUGGUCUGGAUUCAUACUCACGUGUAAAGCUGUGCCAAAUAUCAAGGCCUCAGUGUUAGGGGCAGCCCCUUUCCCAAGCUUGUCUGAGGGCCUCCCCCACCCCUCAGUUCAUGUGCACUGGUGGUAGCCAUGUCUCUGCCUGGCAGUGGUCAGGGACCAACAUCAGGCACUGCUCCAUCCUGGUCCAGUGGCCAAGGGAGACCACAUUCUUCCGUGUUAGUCCUUAGGCACAGAGAAGAACUCUUCUAUCUUGACUGGAGCUGCCAGUGCUAAGCCUACAGGACUUCUUGGCCUCUUCAGGCCCUCAUCCCAAAAGAAUCCCCUAACCAGAAUGAUUCCACUUCUCAAGUCCCCACCUUGCCACCAUCACACUGUGUGAGCUGAACCAGCCACCGUACUUCUUGGGCCUCAAGUACCCUUUAGGAUAAGGCAUGGAGAGUAUGCAUAGCAUUACCGGGAGCUGCCAGAGAAGGGGAGCCCAUCCUCCACCAGCAGCAGAGAGGGAUUCAGUAUUAUUAGUGUCUAUUCUUAAAAUUAAGUGGGCUGGAAAAGAGCUGAGUUACAGGCGCCAGUGUCUUGCAUGGAUACAAAAGCUGAAGCCGUCAGCCUGCCUUUGCAGUACAGCUGCCUCCCAACUAGGGCCUGGGGGCGUAAGAGGUGGGAGGGCACAAGGAGUGUUGAAGCAAGGUGUCUGAGGCACAGCUUUGGGAGUCUCAGAACUCAUGGUGGGAGGGGUAUCAGCACCUAGAGGUCUUAAAAGCCCUGCCGUUCACCAUGAUCUGUCUGCCCCUGCCCUCUUGGGUUCUGCAUGCAGUGCCCACCUCUCCCAGUGGUAAGUUUCAGCAUGGGUGUCCUGGCUACCUCAACUGUAUUCUCAGGCCAGGAGGAUGGCUCUGGCCAUACUGUAGGGAAGCCAGGCCAAUUUGUGUGACGCAAGCUGGGCUGGUUUGCUUCAGCGUCUGUAGCCUCCAGGGACCGUCUUCUGGAGUCCCGUGCUUUUGCACUGGACUCUUUGGCUUUACCAAACACACCAAGCUUUGCCAUUUACAUGCCAUGUGGGCCUUGCCAAGGGUUAUUUCAGGGGGCUUCCUGGGAGUCUUGUUCUAAGACGCCACGUUCCUUUAGUCUUAGAGACAAGUCCCAAGGUGAUGAGCUCAUAGGACAGUCUUCCCUGGGGCCCCUAUACUGGUGUCAAUAAACCAUAUAUUCAAGA